AUGGGUAACCUAUCCAGCAAACCCAAAAGAGCCCCACAGUCUCUUCCCUCGACUUCCUCUUCAUUCGUCUCGGCCUACGAAGUUAUAGACCAUCUGAACUAUUUUUCCAAUACUCCAACCCCAUCAUAUCAUUCACGUACCAAAACCAAAGACAUGCCACAGAACAGCUAUCAAGAGCAUAAUCGUCUAGCGACUACUACCGCUGAAAAUCCACAGAUAUCCCAGCCCCGUAUUCAACGCUGGAGUACCCCGGUUGAACCACCUAGUAAAAACUAUUCUUCCCCACCUCACAGCCGAAGCCGUAGAUACAGUACUGCGGAAGAAAUAUCUCCGACUGCAAAGUUGGGCUCUAACGGUGCUAAGCCACAGUUUAGAGAUAUAGAUUGGGAGAAUACUAAUACUAAUACUACUGCGGUUAAUGGGAAAAUGUUACGGGAUAGAGUCUCUGAAAUUUCAAAGUGUGCUAGUGAUGUGGAGAAGCUAGUUGACGGGUACUUGGAAGAGCAUUCGGAGAUGCAAAAGAAACUUAAGGCGAAGAUCGAAACAAGUUCUAGUAUCACAGCUGUUAAGACUCGCAUUCCAAGAAAUACUGCGAAGUCCCCAGCCAUAUCUACAAGCUGUCUUGGCGAGAUCUCAACAUCGCAGGUUCAGGUUCUAAAGGAUCGUAUCUCAGAGUUGGAAAAGAAAAUUAAAUAUAUGGAAAGAAACCAACAAAAGGAGCUUUCAGAACGAGAAAGAUCAACUCUGGUUGGUAUUCAAAAAGCGGACGCUAGUCAUAAAGUCGAAAUCGAGAGCCUUCAAAACCAAAUUGCAGAUGUGAGUCUCAAACUACAAAACCAUAAAACCAAAGUCGAGAGCCUUACAGAUCAAAAAUCGCACCUGAUCUUCGAAAAAGAUCAACUCCAAGCCAAACUGGAAGAGCGGGCCCUCGAAACCACAAGCAUCCAUUCCAAACUUCAAAACCAAAGCCACGAGAUUCAUGACCUCCAAUCCCGUCUCAAAAGGACUUCCCAAGAACGGGAUGAAGCCAUCAAACAAUGCAAAAUAAUCCAAGAUGAAGCCAGCACUGUCAAAAACAUUAUUAGAAACUGCAAAUACUGUGCUGGUGUCUGGGAAUUUACCCAACAUCGUGGUAGUAUCGAUAUAAAUGUCUGGUAUUGUGACAUUGAACAAGAUGGGGGCAGCUACACUCCACCGUCAAGCGUAGAGGCUUCACUAAAUCACCUUAAAGAUCUGCCUGAUCUCCCGAACACAGCCUUUGAUAACCUUGAAAGGUUUUUUAUCAAGGAAUUCAAGACUAUCGUUCAAGACAUCGAAAAACUUUCAAACGGCAUCGCUUUCCGGGUUUCCUACUGCGACUUCUACAUGAAGAACAUCGACGUAAACGCACUCUCCUCCUUCAGACAUUGUCUCCAAAACCAAACUUUGGAUUCAGAAAUAUUCUUCCCCUACUUCCAAUAUCAAAUUUGGCAUAAAAUUCUCCAGCCACUCCCCUGUCCCUCCCGUCCUUCCCCACACUUCCUAAAUACACCCCCAGAGAAUGAGAUUACCCUAGACCCCGUCUCCCAAGCCCUCAAGCUCGAUUCGGCUGAGGCCUCAGAAAUCAAACUAAACUACAGAACCCUCACCACCUUAAUUUCAGCGAUUAGAGCAAGGUACUCAGCCCUCGCCGUAUCUCUGAACUUCUUUCAAAGCCAGUUGAAAAUCUCCCUCGCAUCCCUUAAAACCCGGGAAUUCGAAAAUACGGAUACCACAAACACAGGCUUCGAUCUAUUCCCCAUAAUCCGCCGUACUGAUAAUGGUCUCAUCAUCGGCCAGAUCCCCGUAAAAAACAUCGAAGAAAAGGCAAUCAUAAUCCCCAUAACCCCAAUACUAUACUAUAGCACUCCGACCCCCAAAAUCCUCGUCCGGGGUACUGCAAUAGUCUAUGAAUUAAAACGUAGCGCCCCGCUACCCUGUCCCCCGUCCGUAAAAAUCCCGGGUAGCCCCGCCCCAAAGCCCCGUACAUCCCAGAACAGCCCCGUAAGCCCGGACACCCCCAUCCAAGAGGAACCUAACUCCCCAAGCGCCCUACUCUGCCCUUCAUCCUUCUCCAAAUCUCAAGCCUUUGUUCCACCCCCUUCACCACUACCAGUACUUCGCCUAUGUCUUCAUCGUAAACCAAAACUUCCGCCGUUGGAUACUACAACCUCUACAACCUCCACAACUGCAACUCCUACAAACUCUCCAGUCCUUCAAAGAACAACCACUGUCACAAGCACCAUCACGUCAAGCCCAAAUAGACCACCACCCCCACAAAUCCCUCCAAAAAACCUCACUUUAAGGAGAGGAUCUGUUCAAAACAGCACUUCCACUGGUCCUGGAAUUAGAACUUUUAUCCGCAGUACGAAGGAUUCAGAGGCAAAUCCAAGCAAAGGGCUCCCGCAAUCACCCAGCAACAACAAAAAAAGCAUCAAUAGAGCCCCAAAGUCCUCGAAAGAAACUCCUUCUGACGAGGACUUUUCGAGCAAAUCGAGUCAUAAAUCCAAUCCCUCCCACAAAACUCACGCUGGUACACCUCUCGCAGCUAUCUGGCGCAAACUGGAAGAACUGGAUAAGAAAAAUGGUUCUGGAAGUACUAAUAACACUUCCUAA